ACCAGCUACGCGCCACCGCUCGCUCAAGGCGAUAAGGGCAUAAGGCCAUUCAUCUUCGGCGAGACCGCGCUCUGAAACACGAACACCACGAGAGAGCUCGUCGUCGUCUACAACGGUGGCGGUAGACAUGGCCGCCUUACUCCACCAAGCGGUUCUGCCCGCCGCGAAACCACCCCACCGACGGGCGCUUAACCCCACGCCCAGCCUCAGCCUGUCGCCGCUCUCCAGGCGACGACGCGCCGCCGCAACCAUCCGCUCAGCGGCCACGGACAGCAGCAUCGGCGCCGGCGCGGCGCCGGCCGAGAGGAAGGCCACCCGGAAGGAGAAGCAGCAGGAGCGGCGGCGGCAGCAGGACCUGCAGCACCGGCAGGAGCAGCUGCUGAUGAUGGAGGAAGCGUCGCUCGCGAAGCCCGACGGCAGCGGCCGCAGUACCGACAAGUACGGCGGCAGCGGCGACAACGAGGACGACGACGAGCUGCCGCAGCCGGUGUUCGACCGCAUCCUGCGCCGGAUCAUGUUCGCGGUGGGCGUGCCCAUGGCGUCGGGCGUGGCGCUGCUCAACGCGUACGACGCGCUCAAACGCGGGCAGGGGGUGGACGUGCCGGCGUGGGUGCCGCUGCUGACCAUCCUCGUCGCCUUCGGCACGUCGGCGCUGGGCAUCGCCUACGGCACGCUGUCGGCGAGCUGGGACCCCGACAAGGAAGGCUCGCUGCUCGGCAUCGACGAGGCCAGGGCCAACUGGCCCGUGCUGUGGGAGGAAGAGAUCGACAAGGAGAAGGCCAAGGCCAAGCAGAGGAAGAAAUGACUGGCCUGGUCGCCUGGAAACACUGAAAACACCGUGCCCCUUGCUACUGAUAUUUUUAUAUCUCACAGACGAAGUCGAGUUUGAACAAAAUAUUUUACAAGAUUGUGUAUCAUUAUAUCAUCUAUAUGUGUGAUUUUUUGAUGAAUUUAGACGACUUUUUUAACGUGAUUUGCACGGAUUUGCACAAAGAUUGUGGUUUGCACCAUGUACGUUCCCGAUCAUGUAAUACUCAGUGUGGUAUAAACCAAAGGCAAUAUAUUGUAGUGGUUGAGUAAUCCACACUCUGCAAGCAA